GUUAUCCUGAAGUUGUUCACUUCGACAAUUCAGUUGCCCACAGGCCAAACACUUGCCUGUUUGGUACAAGACAGAUCAUGAUACCCUGAGGCAGCUCUCACCUUGGAGCUUCAGAUGAAUCGGUGGCAGAAGUCCGUGGAUGAGAUCCAAGCCCGGAGGCGCCAGGUGGCAGAGUGCGAGCGUGCCCAGGAGGCUCUGUGCAAGGUGACUGCCUGCUUCCAACAGUUAGCCAGCUCAGUGGGGAGCAACUCUGAUGGCAGCUUCCUGAGGGAGGAGAUGGAUGAAACCAGAGGACUGGUGUAUAGGAUUUGUGCAGGUCUACAUCGCAGACUGGUGUCCCUAAUGACAGAAAUGGAACAGAGCCAGGAGGACAGGGAGCAGGUGAACCGGCUUUGGGUCAUCUUCAUCUCAGGCCUGGAGAGCUUCCAGCAGGAUCUUCACAAGGCCAGUGACCUCAUAAACCUCUUCCCCCUGUCCCAGAAGAAAGACCGUCAGGCACUAGUCAAAACAGGGGUGUCAGACAGCGUUUCUGGCGUGGCAGCACUCGCAGCCUCCGUACAGACGCCCUGGCUGACUGUGCAAGUGGAGCAGAGCCCUGACCUGAAAACACACAUCGCUCAGGUGGACACUUUGCUCAAAGAGAUGCUGCAGAAAGUCAACGUGCCAUUCUGGUCAGUGGAGUCCACUCAGAAGGCCUGGGUAGAGUCUGGAUGUCAGGAUGACAACCAUGAUAAUCAUGGCACUCUGGAGGAGAUGAUGGAGGUGGAAUCACAAGACUCCAAGAUGUCUGCAUGUUGUCACCCACCAAACUGUAAACUCAGGUGCAUGUUCUGUCUACUACACUGACUGCAGUUUACCAGAACAUUCAAAGCAAUUAUAACCGGUCCUUUAGUUCUGAGCAAGACGUUUUAUACUUCAGUUGUUAUUUUCUAGCACAAAACCAUUCUAGAGAACGGUGUAACAUUUAUUAACUGAUUGACCCAAACAGUUAUAUAAUCUUGAGUACAAAAUUAUGGAUGUUAAACUGCAAUAAAGCUAGACACAUGAUUGUA